AGCGCAAUUUCAAAAUUGUACGUUUUACUUUCGACUGCGAAUUGAGUAUUGUAAGAACAAAUUUCCACUAAGUCAUUUAAAUGAUGCGAUGAAAAAUCCUAAUUAAAAUACUAGUAAGACAAUAACACUUUAUACACAAAAAUAUUAUCGUUUAACUUAAAAGACUCUGCAUCCAGGGCAAGAAAAUAUAAGAAAAAAACUUAAUGCUCUGUGUUUGGUUUCCGGACGUUCUUCAGUUACUAACUUCAUGUCAGUUUAGUUCAUUCACUUUAGUUGUCACUUGUUAUUGACAUUUUCCAUAUGUUUCUCGUCUUUCUAUCGUGUAAAUUUACUAUUUAACGUACAAUUUUUGUGAAUUAAAAUUAAUUUAAACAAAAACAGUAAUGGGUUGUAGACUCUAGUUCCUUUAUAAAUUAUUGAUUUUGAAUAUCUGAGGAGUGCAAAUUGAGAUAUAUUGAACCAUGUCCUCACCAUCUAAACAGCGAUUUAAAAAGUACACCUGGUAUAAACGGAUCUUACAUAAAAGACUACCUGUCACAAAAUGGAUGCCAGAGUACAACUCAGAGAAAGCCCUUGCUGACUUAAUUGCUGGUGUCACAGUUGGGCUCACAGUUAUACCUCAAGCUUUAGCGUAUGCCUCGCUAGCUGGAUUGAACCCUCAGGAUGGCCUAUACUCUUCUUUUAUGGGCUGUUUUGUGUACAUUAUAUUCGGAUCGUGCAAAGACAUAACGCUCGGUCCCACAGCUCUCUUAGCGCUCAUGACGUAUGAACAAAUACAAGGCAGGAAUGCAGACUAUGCCGUUCUCCUGUGUUUUCUCACUGGUGUAGUGCAACUUAUAAUGGGAAUGUUGCAUUUAGGAGUUCUAAUAGACUUCAUAUCAGUCCCGGUGACCGUAGGCUUCACGUCAGCAACAUCUGUAAUCAUCGCUGUAUCACAAUUAAAAGGAUUAUUGGGACUAAAAUUCAAAUCUGGUGGAUUUUUAGAUACAAUAGCCAAGGUGAUUGUAAAUAUACCAAAUGCGAAAUUAGCUGACACCGUUUUAGGUUUAUCGUGUAUAAUUAUUCUACUGCUUAUGCGUAAAUUAAAAGACUUAAAUGUACCUCCGAGCCAGAAAGUUUUAAAAAAAAGUCUGUGGUUAUUAUCGACAUCUAGAAAUGCCAUCAUAGUUGUGCUAUGCUCCUUGAUGGCAUUUAUGUUUGAUAUAUAUUCUAUGUCGCCAUUUAAUCUUAAUGGUCUUGUAAGAGAAGGUCUUCCAAGUUGGAACAUGCCACCAUUCACUACGUGGCAUGAAGGAAGAGAGGUGUCUUUUGUUGAAAUGUGUUCAAAUCUUGGCUCGUCCAUAGUUUUAGUUCCUAUUAUAGGUGUAUUGGGUAAUGUGGCGAUUGCUAAAGCAUUUGCUAGUGGAGAAUCAGUGGACGCAACACAAGAACUGUUUACACUAUCUCUCUCUAACAUAUUGGGUUCAUUCGUAGGCGCUAUGCCUAUCACUGGCUCAUUCUCUCGCAGCGCGGUGAACCAUGCUAGUGGUGUUGCUACACAAUUUGGGAGCCUCUAUACUGGUAUCCUGGUAUUACUGGCACUUAGUCUACUGACUCCGUACUUCUACUAUAUUCCCAAAGCUUCGCUUGCUGCCGUCAUAAUUUGUGCUGUGAUAUUUAUGAUAGAAUAUGAGGUUGUGAAACCUAUGUGGAGGUCUCGGCGUGCAGACCUUGUACCUGCGUUUGCUACAUUUGCCUUGUGUCUUACUGUGGGAGUGGAGUUAGGCAUCCUCGCCGGAGUCGCCGUGAAUGUCAUGUUUCUCUUAUACCCCAGUGCAAGGCCACAGCUUGAAGCUGAAAUUAUUACGAAUGCAUCAGACUUGAAAUAUUUACUAGUAACGGUAGGCAAUAGCUUAUACUUUCCUGGUGUGGAAUAUAUUCGUCAAUACGUAGAACGAGCUGCGAAGAAGAAAGGUGGCUGCAGCAUGCCAGUGGUCAUCGACUGCAGAUACGUUCUUGGUGCUGACUUUACAGCCGCUAAGGGUCUCUGUGCACUAUCAAACUCUUUAUCGUCUCGUGGUCAACCAUUAGUGUUGUUAUCACCAAGAGCUAGUGUCGCUUCAGUGUUCAGUGGCGCGGGAUCUAGUGUUGUACUCGUACUUACACCCAAUGAAUUAGACGCCACACUAGAAGAUCUCACGAGCCAAAUGCCUAGAGUUACGGUACAGACAACAGGAAGUGUUACCCCACCACCUAAUUAUGAUUCUAUAAAUCAAAUAGACGACGAAGUUACAGAUAUAAUUGUAUCUAAAGAACAGAACAGUAUUCCCUUAUUACUUAACAGUAGAGCAAAUGACGUAACGAAAUCUUACCCCAGCGAAGUGAAUGACACGUGAUUUGAAUGGCGUAUCCUCCGGGUAUUGUUUUAAUAUAAAUAUAUAUGAAGAUUUUUAAUGGAUUGGGUAUUGUCGAGUGAAAUAAUAUGUUAUACAAAUGGUUAUUGAAUUUUCGAGAAUUUCAAUGACAAACUAGGAAAUUGUUAAUAUGACAACGUAAAGAAAAGUUUGAACUAUUUCUAGUGUUGUACCUGAACGCAAGUAUAGUUAUUUUCAGUAAUAUAUAUACAAGAACAUUUGACAUUAUUAGUGCACUCGAAAA